AACCUACAGCAUCCGCCAAGGCCUCCUAAACCAAUUCCUAAGGAGCUUCUACCUCUUCCUCCAAUUCCUGGGAUAUCAAAAACAGAGAAGGAAACGCACAUACCACUGAAACCUCUCACAGGAAGAAAAGGAAUAGAAAACUGUCUAUCUAGUAGUGUUUCUCAACAUCAUGGAUCUCCUCAUCCAGCUCCAAGGUGCUUACAAGAUCUGGAAUUCAGAGACACUUCAAAUUCAAGGCUAUCAUACAACCAAGGACCUCAUUCUGCUGUAAUGCCAAGUCAAAUGCCAAAAUACAACCAUGAAUGGCCACCAGUUAAAAAAGACAUGAAAAAGCACAGACCCACUUGGGAAGACCAUGGUUUGGAGACACCCAGGGAUUUAGCAAGGAAAACAUCACCGAACUUAAAUGACUAUAAAUGGUACAUUGGGGCUUGUGAUCGAUAUGAAGCAGAAAAUGCCUUGUAUGCUACGCAAAUGGAUGGAGCAUUCUUAGUCCGGGACUGUUCAAAGAACAUUACUGAUGAACCUUAUGUCCUAGUGGUGUUUUACAGAAACAAAGUGUACAACAUUAAAAUCAGAUAUAUAAGAGACAAACAAAGGUAUGCUCUUGGAACAGGACUGUGGAGAAAUGAUGUGUUUGAUUCUGUAAGUGCCAUCAUUAAAUUCCAUUUGACAUUUCCAAUAGUCCUAAUUGAUGGUAAGGACAAAACUGGGUGUCAGAAGGAGAUGUGCACAUUGACAUAUCCACUGACAAAGGAGGACGUGAAUUAAAUAUUAUUGUCUGCAUAAUAUAAGCUGCAAAACAGUGUUAUCUGCUAAAUGUAAAGUGUCUAACUGUAAUGUCAAUACAUCAGUAGAAACAGAGAAAAAUGUUAACUAUAAUAGGUUAAGAGAAAUGCUUUAUAGUGAGGCCUACUAUAUUAAUUCUAUUUAAUUAUUACGUUUAUCCAAAUAUUUUGGAUAGUUUUGUUUUUUAUAAACAAGCCAUACAUCUUUGUAUAUCUUGUAACAAAUGGAUGAAUAUCAAUUUAUUAAAAUCUGAAUUGAUUUGGGAUAAAAGUGAUCAGCUUAUCACACACGCAUGACACAAGUAUGUCUCCAGACAUUACUUCUGUUAUUAAGACACAAUAUUAAUGGAUAAGAAAGAGAUGCAAAAUAAUGUAUUUAUCUUUGUGACAUGGGCAUCAUAUAUUGAAACUAACCAUAUGAACUAAUUUUCAUCUUGUACUUUUUUUCUAACAUCUACUAAUCAUGUGUAUAGAAUUAACAAUAUCUUAUCAACAGGCCAUAUUAUAAAGUAUUAAAAUGGGUUUUGCCCACUACAGAGUAGCUUGUACAAAUUAAAGAAUGUUUACAUGUUAUCUAAUAUCAUAAUAUUAUUAUAUUACCAUGCAAUGGAAAUUCCAUGGAAAUUCAAAAAUAUAAUUACAAUUGAUAUGUUUUCUGUAUUCAAGGCUUUUGGUCUCAUAUCCAUUGUACUAUGUUAAGCUGUAAUAAAAUAUAUUUCUUUGUAUUUAAUAAUUUAUAAAUAGAAAGUAAACCUGAGUUUCUAAAUAUUGAAACUAUCUAUCCAUCCAUUCUUCCAUUUCCUAAAUGGCUAAUCCAGUACAGAGCUGUUUGGAAGCCAGAGCCUAUACCAGCAAUCAAAGUGCACAAGACAGGAUGCCCCCUGGACAGGAUGCCAGUCCAACUCAAAAUACCAUAACAUAUUAGAUAUUUUGUCAUUUUUAACAUUAUAGAGAAAACAGCGUACACACAAACACUGUGGAACAUUUGUCCACUGCAGAGCAGAUAGACACAGACAUGCAUAUACUCACACUAGGGUUGAUUUUACAGAAGCCAAUUAAUAUUAUUAGUAUGUUUUUAGACUGUGGGAGGAAAAUUGAAGGACCUGGAGGAAACAGGGAGAAGAACACAGACAGCUGUCUGGAAAUUGAACCCAGGGCCCUAGCACUGCAAAGGAGCAAUGCUAACCACUGUGCCAUCAUGCUGCACUUGUGUUG